AAAAUGUCUAACAUGAGUCAUUUUCUUUUCCAGUUCGGAAAAAUUAAAAAAAGUUAUGAUCAGCAGCUUGCCACGUCUCCGUGAAGUUUUUCUAUAUGAAGAGCCACAUUGAUGAGUUCAUUCCCAAGUAACUGAAAAAACUUGAACCUUCUUAAUAGUGGCUCUUUAUUAUCCGCUUGCUUUAAUGAAUCCUGCAUCCACUCUCACCAGAUUGCUUCCAAGAAGUUGCAGCGUAGUCGGAACAUCCAGCAGCAAUUCGGUGGUUCCAGGCAGAGUCCAAUGCAGCGGUGCCUCCAAACUGUCAGAUGAAGCCAUUGUUAGGCGAUCAGCCAAUUACCAACCUACCAUUUGGGGAGAUGAUUUUGUUCAAUCACUGAAGAGCCAUGUGGGAAAAUCAUCAGAGGAACGGGCUGAAAAGCUGAAGGAAGAAGUGAGGCUGACGCUUGAUAGUGCGGUGGAUUCUGUACAGCAACUGGAGCUCAUUGAUGUCUUACAAAGACUUGGAUUAUCUUAUCAGUUUGAAGAUGAGAUAAAGAGAAUUCUCGAUAGGGUCUACAAGAACAAGCAUAAACAAGAUAGUUUAUAUGCGGUAGCUCUGGAGUUUAGACUCCUAAGACAACAUUACUAUGAUGUUUCUGCAGAAGUUUUCAAUAGUUUCAGUGAUGAGAAGGGAAGCUUCCAUUCAUGUGGUAGUGAUGAUUGCAAAGAAAUUUUAUUUCUAUAUGAAGCUGCUUUUCUAUUGAAAGAGGAAGAGAGUAAAAUGUUUCAUUUUGUCAAAAAUUUUGCUGCCUCAUACCUGAAGGAGUAUAUCAAGGACAAGGUAGGUGAAGAUGAAUAUAUUUCCAAAUUAGUGAAGCAUGCACUGGAGCUUCCACUGCAUUGGAGGGUGCCAAGGAUGGAAGGUAGGUGGUUUAUCGAUGUAUAUGAGACGAGACAUGACUUCAACCCCAUCUUGCUUGAGCUUGCUAAACUCCAUUUCAAUACACUGCAAGAAACGCACCAAGAAGAUCUUAAAUAUGUCUCAAGCUGGUGGAGGAAUACAGGUCAUGGAGAGAAGCUAAGUUUUGCACGGGACAGAUUGCUGGUGAAUUUCUUCUGGGCUUUGGGGCUAAAACCCGAGGCCCGGUUUGGAGACUUCAGACGGAUGUUGACGAAGGUGGGUGUUCUGAUAACAACAAUUGACGAUGUUUAUGACGUUUAUGGUACAAUGGACGAACUGGAACUCUUCACAGAUGCCAUUGAAAGAUGGGACGUCAAUGCAAUGGAGCAGCUUCCAGAUUAUAUGAAGAUUUGUUAUCUUGUUCUCCUCAAUUUCGUAAACGACAUGGCUUUGCAUGUUCUCAAAGUGCACGGAGUUGACAUUAUUCCUUGCCUUAAGAAAGUGUGGACAGAUUUAUGUAAAAGCUAUCUAUUGGAGGCAAAGUGGUAUCAUAGCGGACACAUCCCAACCCUUGCAGAAUACAUGAACAAUGCAUGGAUUUCCGUAUCGGGUUCUGUGCUUCUAGUGCAUGCUUAUUUUCUCGAUGCAGAUCCACUUACAAAGGAGGCCAUAGAAUGCUUGGAAGAAUAUAGCAAUAUAAUCUGUUGGUCAUCAACGAUUUUAAGACUUGCAGACGACUUAGGAACAUCAUCGGACGAAUUGGAAAGAGGAGAUGUCGCUAAAUCUAUACAAUGUUACAUGCAUGAAAGUGGAGCGUCCCAGGAGGAUGGCCGAGAACACAUAGGAGAGAUGAUUGCUGCGACAUGGAUGAAGAUGAACAGAGAUCGGCUUGAAAAUCCUCACUUGUCGACAACUUUCAUUGACAGUGCAAUGAAUCUGGGCAGAAUGGCUCAGUGCAUGUACCAGCAUGGAGAUGGGCAUGGGAUUGAAGUUGGUCAGACCAGAGAUAAUGUAUUAUCUGUACUAGUAAAUCCUAUUCAGAUUCAAUCUGCUGACAGCAGUGAAUGAUGCUAAAUGACACAGAGAGAACGUAAAAUCAAUAAAACUAUAUCUAAAAUUAAUAAAACAAAGUGUAUAAAUGAGUAUAAAUUUAUACACAAAACGAUAACUUACAACUAUAUGAUUGUGUGACUUUGAAUUAGAAAUAAAAUAAUAUUCAAUUAUAUAUAUUAUCAUUUAUAUAUAAAUUUGUGUUCAUUAAUUGCGCAUAUAAUAUUACUAAUAUAAAAUACCCAGUAGAGCUUGAAAGUUCUUAUUCGGGAUUGAUUAAUUCUUCUAUUGGGGAAUGGUAGCUAUGAGCAAACUCGAUCCCAAUCUCCUUUUAUUUUCCUGUUACCUGUACCCCGUCUUCCUUUAAACCAGCAAAAUCCGAUGAUUUGACUUCCAAAUGCAUCCCAAGCGCCAACAUCACCAUUUCAUCAUUUCUUUCUUACACUUCUCUUUUAAGUUUCUGAGACAGAAUUUUGCCAGUUCGAUAAAGCAAUUGUAAAAUUAAUCUUCUAAGGAUGAACCGCAACUGUAAAGGGGUGUCUAUAACAUUUGCCCAACUCUAGAUUUCCAAUCCAAACGGCAUGUCGUUUUACUCAGCACGGCGGAGAAAAGAAAUUACGAGAAAGAAGAUUUAGCAGCAGCAAGAGCAGCACUUAUCAAUCAAUUUCAAUCCCGAAUUGUCCGAAUCAGUUAAAGCUUCAAUAGCCAAAUUGGGGUCAUUAAUGUUGGAAGAACAAGAGAGAAAGAAGAGGGUUGUGGUUGAAUCGCUGGGAUGUCUAACAGAAUCAUCAAUCAUGCCCAAGAAACAACGCUCAAUCGAAGGAGUGGAUCCAUCUUCUAUCUUGGAACUCAAAGCCCAGCUCUAUAAAUCCCUGGAAGAAUCCAAAAAGUCCAAAGAAUUGAACGGUCCUGAUGUUGAGUUCCACUGCGCCAAGAAGAAGAUUACCUCACGUGAUUCCUUCUCCUCCAAGAACUCCGGCGUCGAAGGCCGCCCUCUCAAAUACCUUCCUUUCCCUUUCUGGGUUUUCAUUGAAUUGCUUAGAUUAGCUCCGUUUUAGGCUUCAAAAAAUUACCACUUGUGCUUACACGUGCAACUUGGGUAUGCUUGUUGUAUUGUGUAUUAAUGAAGGGACAAGCUUGAGUUGAAAGCGGUGAAGGAUGGUCGGCAGGCUAUGCGGUACUGGAGAAGAAGGCUAGGAAGAAUUGUCGGAUGAGUAAGAGAAGGAGAAGUAUUGUGUGGACUUUUUUCGUAAGGGUAUGGAACAGGAAACAGGGCAGCCUCCUCAAGCUGGUGAUGUUUCUGUCACCUCAGCAGCACAAGACGAAGCAAGUGAGAAUGAUGCUCCUACCUACCAUCCAAUUUUCUUCGACUUCUUUACAACUUCCAAGAGAAUAACCUAAUAGAAGACUUAAGGGUUCAUUGGAAGAAUUUUUGUUGUGAAAGAUCAGAAUUUGAUAAGAUUGAGACUUUCCUAAUCAAAUCAGUGAUAAGAUUGGUUAAUUAUUUUAAAAAAAAGUUUAUAAAAACA